GACUACAUUUUAAAUCACCUCGCAUACCUUUCAGCUCAUCCAUCACCAUCCUUAUCCACAACCUGUCUAAUCGACCUCAUCGCAUCACAUUCAAAAUGUCCGACUACAACAAUCAAUACAACAACCAACAGUACGGCCACCAAGGUGGCGGCUACUACAACGACCAACAAGGCGGCUAUCCUCCCCAGCACGGCGGUUACGGUCAAGAGCAGUACGGUCAACAACAACCUCAGUACGGCCAGCAGCCCCAAUACGGCCAGGAAGGUCAACAAUACAAUAACCACCAGCAAGGUUACGGUCAGCAAGAGUACAACCAGCAGGGUGGAUACGGUCAGCAGCCUGCCUACGGUGAACAGGGUCAUCAGGGCGGUUCGGCCUAUUACGAUCAGAACAACCAGUCUGGAUAUGGUCAGGGUCAACAGCAUCAAUAUGGCCAGGAGGGCCAGCAGUACGGCGAGCGCCAGGGGUAUGACAACCAAUCUGCUCCCGGGGGCGCUCAAGACGGCGAGCGUGGUCUAGGUGGUGCCCUUGCUGGUGGUCUUGCUGGUGGUUUCGCCGGUCACAAGGCCAACCACGGUAUUUUGGGAACGAUUGGUGGUGCCAUCAUGGGCAGUAUCGCCGAAGAUUUUAUCAAGGACAAGAAAAAGGACCACAACAACCAGCAGGGUGGCCAAGGUGGUUUCGAUUUCUUCCGAAAGUAGAUGCUAGGGCAUGAUGUUUUCCGGGCUCGAUCAUAUUUCUUCUUAGGCCGUGACCGUGUCUCGGUCUGCGUCGCUUUUCGCUUUUGUCUUUCAUGAAACGAGUCCUUUUUUUCUUAUCAACGAUUCGACUUUCCUUUGUCUAUAUUAAACUAGUCGGCCUUGGGAUUGAGAUGGCGUUUUGACUGCGUUGCUGUCAUGAAUACUGAAUGAUUAUUGCUAUUGCGGAUUGCAAAUGCUCUCUGCUACUCCUUUC